AUGGAGGGCGACUACUCGCACUGCGAUUUAUCGGACCCGGAUUUUGAAGGUGAGCUGACCAAGCGCAGCGUGUGGCUGAAAGAGUGGCGCAAGCGAUACUUUGUGCUCAAGGGCAACAAGCUUUACUUUUGUCGUACACAGGGUGAGCCUGCCCAUGGUCUCAUCGAUUUGGCGGACUGUUUGACAGUUAAAUCGGCCGAGGAAAAGACCAAUAAACGUUUUUGUUUCGAAGUGGCGACACCAGACUCGACUUUCUACAUGUACGCAGAGAAUGAGAAGCACAAGGACGAGUGGAUUGGUGCCAUUGGUCGUGCUAUUGUCAAGUUCUCAAGUUCUUUCACAGGUGAUCAAGAUGACGAGAUGAAUUAA